GUGCAGCUGCAGCUCAGUCAACAUGGCGGCGCCCAUUUCUUGUCAACAUCAGGUUUGAAUAGGGGUCGGGUUGAACGACAAACCCUGUUUGAAGUUAAUAUUAAAGAACUCUGCCAGUCGAUGGUAUUAUCGAACUAACGGCUGGGAUGUCCAGACCUGGCGUAGUGUUUGGGGGUUCUCGUGGCAUUGGGCGAGCAGUUUCUCAGCUGUUAGCACAGAGGGGUCACAGGGUUGUAGUGGUGUCUAGGAAUAAGGAAGCAGCACAAGCUGCUGCUGAAUCUCUCCCUGGAGGGGAGCAUUUGGGCCUUAGUUGUGAUGUAUCUAAAGAAGAGGAAGUUCAGAGAACAUUUGAGGUCAUCGGUAAGACAUGCGGCACAGUUGGAUACCUGGUUAAUGCGGCUGGCAUCAACAGAGAUGCAUUGUUAUUAAGGAGUAAAUCUGAAGAUAUGGUGUCUGUUUUGCACACCAACCUGCUGGGCUCAAUGCUCACAUGCAGAGCGGCUUUACGGAGCAUGCUCAGCCACGGAGGAGCUAUUGUCAACAUAGGCUCUCUGGUGGGUGUGAAAGGUAACGCCGGUCAGUGUGUGUACAGUGCCAGUAAAGCAGGCCUGGAGGGAUUCACACGCUCCCUAGCCAAAGAAGUGGCUGCCCGAAAUAUACGAGUGAACUUGGUGGCUCCAGGAUUCAUCCAGACAGAUAUGACAGCAGGGCUGGAGAAGGAAGAAUUGGUGAAGAGAAUUCCACUGGGCCGGUUUGGGGAGCCAACAGAGGUUUCGCAGGCUGUCCUUUUCCUCCUGGAGUCCCCUUAUAUCACAGGACAGAUUUUGAUAGUCGAUGGAGGUCUACAGCUGGCCAUGUAAUGAUUCCUAACAUC